GGAUGGGUAACUGUAGCAGGAGAUUAGCUGCUGGGGUAAGACAUUUUACGCUUUAAGGUAUUUAAGUGAGAUCUAGAAGGGGUUUAACCAUGGCCACAGCCAGUACUACAGAGAAUGGGCCGAGUUCGCGGUCCGAGGAGAGCCAAGAAGCGCAAACAAAUGUCAACGCCACAACUGAAUACUGCGCAAAGUUACAGGAAUGGAUGUGGCAGUACUACUGGGGCUAUGCAAAUUGGCAAAGCUGGAUGACUCUGACUACGUUUCCUUUUCCUCCGUGCAAUUUUCCCGUAGCUGGAAACUAUCAAGCGCCGACUGGAACUCCAUGGCACGUUGGACAACCAACUUUAGAUGCCCGAUAUGGGUACAACUAUCCGGGAAUAGGGUACCCCUUUCCAUUCCCUGCGCCCCCUACUACGGGUUUUCAGACAGGGCAGCAGAUGACAGCUGGGACACUGCCUCAUGAUGCAAGGCCAGUGCAACAACAGAACGGAAACGCACCUCAAGCAGGCCGGGAAUACACCAUCCCUUCUCCCCUCCACAGAUUCCUAGCAGAGACGGUGGACUUCUUUAUUUUAUUUUGCGUCAAGGCAACCAUCAUCCUGUGGAUUAUGCACCUUAGUGGCAUGAAGGACAUCACUAAGUUCGUCACCCACUUCAUAGUUGAGGAGAUAGAUGAGAACACGUCUAUGGAGGACCUGCAGAAGAUGAUGGCAGUAGCUCUGGUGUACAGGGUACUGGUCUGUUUCUAUGAGAUCAUCUGUAUCUGGGGUCUGGGCGGUGCCACCCCGGGGAAGAUCCUCCUGGGUCUUCAGGUCGUGACGUGUGACAGCUCAGUCCUGGUCCGACCCAACCGGGUCCUGGUGGUACCGGCAUCUAACGUCACCCUGUCAGCUUCCACGGUGCGGGCGUUGAACAAGAACUUCUCCAUUGCCUUCCUGUUCCCCGUCUUCAUUAUCCUCCUCUUCUUCCAACACAACAGGACUGUCUAUGACGUUGUAGCUGGAACCAUCGUGGUGCAGCGCAGAGGGGCCAGAUAAAAUACCCUAUAGUUGAUCUGAACAGGGUCCUGUUCAGUAUGGAACACCGUAGCAUAACACUUUGCAACAGAAAAUGUAAAUCUGUGUUCUUAUUGGACAUGUUCAGGUACCUUCCUGUUUCAUUAAGUAUGAAAACGUUUCUCUCCUAUUGAACACAACCCAGACCUUGGGCUUCUAGAACUGAACAGAAAGCCUGUAAUACAGAACUAGGCCUACAGUCUAUCCAUGGAUACAUGCGGCUCGGACUGAAACCCACUCAGGACAGAUUGGAGUUUGGUACAACAGUAUAAAGAAGUCUCAUGGGGAGGCCUCAGAACAGAAAAUCAUGGUUGUUUUAUCUUCUUCAUUCAUAAAGUAUGGUUACUAAACCUUUCCCUAGUUACUACAUAGCUAGACAAGCUGAAUAUUUCAAUGGAAUGUUCGACAAGUUGUAUUAGUGUAUGUGAUGUUUAUAUGCAGUUGUAGACUGACUCGUAUAUGGAUAAGGGCUUUUUCCAGGUCAAGAUGAAAGGUGAAAUGUGACAGGGUUGUUUGCACAGUGGCCAUUCUGCAUUGUCUAAAUGGAACGAAAAACUGUUA